UCGGAAACUAACUGAAUGGCCAUCUAGGCCGGCGUGCACAAUUCAAACCUGCCGCCGAAUUACAGUCUUCCUCAGUCCCCAUACAUUACAAAACAAGACUUAUACUCUCUGCUUCACAUAUCGGCGGGGAACAUUUUUAUUAUUUAAACGGCUAGCACAAAGAAAAACACGCGAAGCUAUCCACCCUCGGCUCAAUAUUACAAGUAAUCCCAGAGAGAAGAGGAUUCUAGAAAAAUGGAAGAAAGUGGAAGAAGAGAAACUGCAGAGGAAGAAGAAGGUCCGGCUAUAGGGAUCGAUCUGGGAACAACAUACUCUUGUGUCGGGGUUUGGCAACCACAGCAUGACCGUGUUGAGAUCAUCACCAACGAUUUGGGCAACCGUACGACGCCGUCAUGGGUUGCCUUCACCGAUAUUGAACGCCUCAUCGGCGAAUCUGCCCAGAAUCAGGCCGCGAUGAAUCCUUUUAAUACCAUAUUUGAUGUGAAGAGGCUCAUAGGUAGAAAGUUUUCUGAUGUAACGGUGCAGAAUGACAUGAAGCUCUGGCCAUUCAAAGUCAUAGCUGGCCCUGAAGGUGACUGUGAAGAUAAACCCAUGAUAUCAGUGACUUACAAGGGUGAAGACAAACACUUCGCAGCUGAGGAGAUUUCUUCAAUGAUCCUCCAAAAGAUGAAGAGCACUGCAGAGGCAUAUCUCGGCAAACAAGUCAAAAAAGCGGUUAUCACUGUUCCUGCCUAUUUCAGUGAUGCCCAACGCCAAGCAACAAAAGAUGCAGGUCUGAUUGCUGGUCUUAUUGUAUUGCGUGUCAUCAAUGAACCCACAGCUGCUGCAAUUGCCUAUGGUCUUGACAAGAAAGCAACUGUAAGUGUUGAUUCUUCUCCAAAGAACAUAUUGGUUUUUGAUCUUGGUGGUGGAACUUUUGAUGUCUCUAUCGUUACAAUUGAGAAGGAUGUAGUUGAAGUCAAAGCAGUUAAUGGGGACACUCAUCUUGGUGGAGGGGAUUUUAGUAACAGAAUGGUGAGCCACUUUGUUGUAGAGUUCGAGAGGAAACACAAAAAAGAUAUAAAGGGAAAUCCUCAGGCUCUUUCGCGGUUGACAGCCGCUUGUGAAAGGGCCAAGAGAAACCUCUCUUCUGUUACUGAAACAUCCAUCUCAAUUGAGUGUCUCUUUGAGGGCAUUGAUUUCUCUUCGAGCAUCACACGGGCACGGUUUGAUAAAAUCAAUUUAGAUCUGUUCAAUGAUUGUAUUGGGCCCGUUGAGAAUUGUUUAAAGGAUGCAAAAAUGGAGAAGAAUGACAUUCAUGAUAUUGUUCUUGUGGGGUGGGUCUACCCGAAUUCCAAAGGUUGAGGAGUUGUUAAAAGACUUCUUUGAAGGAAAGAAGCCCUGCAAAAGCAUAAACCCAGAUGAGGCUGUUGCCUAUGGAGCUGCUUUUCACGCUGCAUCUCUUACUGGUGCCUGUGUGGGUGUGAAUAAGGAUAUUGUACUUGUCGAUGUUACUCCUUUAUCUCUUGGAGUGAAGUUGGAAAGUGGUAAAAUGUGUGUGGUAAUUCCACGGAAUACCACCAUUCCUACGAAGAUGUCAAGCAAAAUCUACACUGUCUAUGACGAUCAAACCAGCAUUUUAUUCCCAGUGUAUGAGGGAGAGAUGCCCAUAGCAAAAGACAAUUACUUUCUUGGAAAAUUUACUCUCAAAGGCUUUCCUGCACUACCUAGAGGUGAAGCUAAAGCUGAUGUCAUUUUUGACAUUGAUGCCAAUGGCAUCUUGACUGUUUCUGCAGAACAAGUGGGUGGUAACAAUAGGAACCAAAUCACUAUAACCAAUCACAGCAGGAGUUUGUCAAAGGAGAACAUUGAACGGAUGAUUAAGGAAGCAGAAGAUUACAAGGUUCAAGAUGAAGAGCGCAAGAAGGCAACUGAUGCUAAAAAUGCUUUGGAGAACUAUAUUCACCACGCUAGUGGCAUUUUGAGAGUCUGUAAAAAGUUGGUUGGGGUGAAGGAUACGCUAAUUCUCAAGGAUGCAGUUGAGAAGACUGAUCAGUGGUUAGAGUGGAAUGACCUUCUUGGUAAUGCUUGCAAGUUUGUGGAGAAGAGAAAAGCCCUGGAGACCAUAUGUGAGUCUGUUGUUACAAAGAUGCAACCUAAGCGAGGAAGAUGCAGGUCUAAGGCCUCAGGUCGUUGAUAUAAAUGGACAGGGGGAGGGGCGAUGAAACUUGAAGCUUGGUUUUAGUAGGCAGACAGUGGAACUUUCUAACUUUUUUGUAUGGCAGGUUGCCAAUGCUUGGAUUUUAAAUCCCUCUUCGCUAAUUCGCCGGAUCUGCCGUUUGUUUGAAUCUAUUAAUUUACGUGCCUCUUUUCUUUGGUUCGUUAAUCUUCCUAUGAC